GUUCAAAAAUACAAUUGAUCGCACUGAAUUAUUUUAUCAUGUUGGCAACCCUUUAAUCAAUAAUUAAGUUCAUCAGAAUAUUCAGAAUUCGAUCGAAGUAGUUCUAAGAAUACGAGCUGUCACAAUAAAGAGCAAAGUUAAUUUUAAAUGUUCAUUGCUCUCGUUUGAGGCAGACGUUCAGUUCACAUUUAAAUUCUAUUUUCAACAGGUGUUACAAAAAAGUAUGACAUCUAACUGCCGUCCUUUAUAUUAUAAUAAUGCUACUCAAUAUCCCUAUGUCGACAAACUAUCCUUUCGAGGUACUGAUAUUGAAGAUGCUGAGAUGGAUGUCGACUUUAUUUAUCAAUUUGUAAAGAAUAGCUAUAGUUAUCAAGGUGACACCGUUGAUUAUUGUAACAAAUUUUAUACUACUAACAUAAUUGGACCACCUGAGGGACAUUACUUUCAUAAAUAUGUAAAACAGACAUUUAACGAAUGUUUCCAGGCAAUUUACUCAUGGCACGUAAUACAGACCUCAUUAGCUCCGAAAUCGACUCAUUCUAUUAUGCAGAAUGAAACAAACAUCGAUCAAAGUUUUAUUAAUAUUGAGUAUCAUGAAGCUGUAUAUCCAGUCAGAAUUACUAUGUAUGCAAUAUCUAAACCUGAGAAUAUAACUCGAAUUUGGGCUCAAGAUUCUGAUAAUUAUUGGUUUCUGUUGUGGAAUAAUUCAUGGGGAGGUCUCCCUAAGAGUCAGCAAAUAUUAUUUUCACCACCUCUAAAGGCAUGUAAUUUCAAAACUAAAACACUCAGACUAGAGUUUAACCACAGAUUAUGGGCGGAAUACUUCACAAAGCUAGAUGCUGUAAUGCUUAUCGGUACAUCAGAAUUGAUCCUUCCUAGAAAUCCUAAACAAAGUCUAAAUAAUCUAUUAGAAGGAAUUAGACUUGAUGUUACAGUCAAGGCUCACCAUAGCCUUACGCAGUUCGAUACAUAUGCCACUGAUUUACCACCAGGUCAUACAUCUGUUCAUUUGGAUAUAUACCUUCUUCAAAAGAAAUUACGUGAAUAUUGUAUUAUUUGUAAAAGCAAUGUAGUAGAAAAUUUUUACAAGAGCCAGCUCGGGCAUAAAAAAGUAUCUCAAGAAAUAAUCGCAGAUUAUAUGGAAUCUCUUAAACAAGGCUAUAAUGGUUGCUUUUCAAUCAAAGAUUAUUCGAAUUAUGAUAAAUUUAUAGAAGAACUUAAGAUCUUAUGGGAUGAAUCCGAGGAAUCAAGUGACAGUUUCUCUAAGCUUCCUGAUGAAAUAAUAUUAAAAAUAUUCAAAGAUUUAGAUUUGAGAUCUUUAUGCUGCGUGGGUAGAGUAAAUAAAUGGUUGAAUAAUUUAUCACGGGAUCCUUCCCUUUACACAAGUUUGAAUAUGCGAAAUAUACACUUUACAUAUUGGCGCUCUGAUCUUUUGCAUAUACUUGAUUACUUUACGCUCAGAUGUGAACACUUGAGCCAGUUAGAUUUGUCAUUCUGUGACUUUCUUGUUUGGAAAUUUAAUGUAUUUUUGACUACUUGUGGUACGCUUUUAACACAUCUAAGAUUAAAUUGCUGUCAAUCUAUCGAUGAUUCUGCUCUACUUCAAAUUUCGAAGACAUGUCAAAUUUUAAAAGAAUUGGAUUUAACUAAUUGUAAUCUCGUAAAUGAUGAAGGAUUUUCCCAUCUUAAAAGUUUACACUGUCUGGAACGUUUGAAUCUUCAAGAAAUAAAAAACAUACAAACUGAAACUGUUUGCAAAAUACUGCAGAAAAAUCGACAGAUGCGUGAUUUAAAUUUAGCAUUCACAUACUUGCGUCUAAACAUAGAUGUAAUUACGAUAGAAUUGAAAAAUUCAUGUCCAAAUUUGGAAAGAAUAAAUUUAUUUUCGACAAAUACUUCUACAUCAAAAAGUAUUGAUGCCCUUGCUGAUUGCAAAAAUUUACGAGAAGUGAAUUUUGGUUUCAUCAACAAGAAACGCGUCAAUGUGGAAGAUCUACAGAAGAGCUUCCAUAGGUUGUUUUCUUCUCAACGCUUGGAAAAACUUGACUUGUCCUGCGCUAGAGAAUUCAUCGAUAACCAUAUUUUGGAAAGCUUAAUACUGUGCAAAAACUUAAAAAGUUUAAAGUUGGUUGGCGUGCAGUCUAUGACACCUGACUUAUGUUCCAAAAUUUUCCAGUGUCCUAAAUUGGAAGAGAUAGAUCUUAGCUAUAUACGUUGUUUUAACGAUAACUUGAUUAAACAGUGGGUCGAAAGAUAUCAGCAUAUACGCAUCUACAGAUAUCAUACAGAGUUUGCACAAGCAUUUAGUAGAAUUUUGUCAGCUCAGGCAUCAGCAAGUAUCCCAGGGAAUAAUCACUAAUUGUGUAUCUCUUAAGCAAGGGCUGUAAGGGUUGUUUUUAUAAAUCAUUUUAAAAGGUGAUUUAAUUGGUCAACAUCAGAAAUAACGUCCAAAUCUGUCAAACAGUAAUACGUUUCUAGUCUAAGACCUAUGUGUGGCCUGAUGUAUACCAUUAUUCAAUAGGUCUAGUCACUAAUCCGCGACGGGUUUACAUCGUAAUCGACCUAAAGCAUUCUCGAGAUCUCAGCGUUACCUGCCGAUUACAUCUUUAACUGUUUAUUGUUAUUAUUAUUAAAUAUAAAAAAUAUAUCAUGUAUGUGUGUGCAUGUGUAUAUUUGAGUGUACAUGUGUAAUAGUACAAAUGUUGCAAAACUUGUUCGGUCAAAUCAAAAUAUGUCUUUCAUUAAAAAAUUAAUUGUUAUUUAAAUUUAACUUAAUACAUGUAUAAUAUCCUUAAUAUAUGUAUUAAAAUUCAAACUAAAAUUACUAUACUAUUUUCGCCGAGAGACAUCGCUCGGAGUAGACGAGUUUUCGUCCGCGCAUGAGUAACUCCCAUCACACCGUUUUACUGCUUGCGCUGAAUAUUAUAUCUUCCCCACUGUGGUCUUCUUAGUCGCCAUUGUGAGCAGUCUGAGGGGGGUCUCUCGAUGAAAAUAGUAUAGUCAUAAUUUAUAGAAUUUUUGUCCUACAAUUAAUAUAUGGAAAGUAUUGUAUAAAUAUAGUAUAUUACUUCGCACGUAUAAAUACAAUAUAUUAUUUAGUAUAUUAUUUUUCUGUAUAUAAAUAUAAAUAUAACAUAAUAUACAUGUAUAACGUAAUAGUUGUAUGUACUUUACAUACUUAAUAAUUGAUUGAAAGUUAAAUAUUAUGUCGAUAUGUGAAUAAUAAAAAAUAAAAAGCAUUAUUUUUCGAUGAAA